AUGAAGCUGAUAAAGCAGCUUCGGCCAGCGUGGGACAUGAACCAUGUCAAGACCAAGGUAAGGUUGACAUUUCUCCACUGAAUGAUGCGCCAAUGGCCCAACAUCACUAGUAGCUAGCUAGCUAAAGUUAGCAUAGCUAUCAGACCAGUCCCUUGAUAUAUUUAUCGUCCUGUGCAUACAUUUUAAACAGAGAUAUGUUCUGUGCAUCAUUAGCUUCUCUUGCAUUUAGUUUGCAGUUAGGUAUUCAAGCUGAGAUGAAAGUUAGUGGUGUUAGUUAGCUAGCUUGGUUGCGCCUUGGGAGUAUUAGUAGCUAACUAGCCAACCACUCCACCCUUAAAUAAGACAUUUUCGUGUCUGUCUUCUGUGCUCCAUGGAUAUAUUGAUAGAAAAGUCAUACCUCUCUCUCCCUUUCAAGACGUGGCGUAUUUAAAGGAGACAGUUACAGCAAAUAUAGUUACUAAUAUAUAUAUAUAUUGUCUGUGGUUACAGAAAGUGUGUGUGGAUUAAAUGUGUCUAGCAAUCUGUAUUCGUCAGUGACCAGCUGGCAAUGACGUGAGGGAUUUGGGUCAGGCUGCAUAGAUGAAGUUAACAUUAGCCAGCAGAAUUAUUCAAGUACCAUGAUAUAUUUCAGCCCAAAUAGAGGCCCGGCUGUAUGUAUUAGCUCAAAGCCCCUAUCAAAUUUGCAUUUUCCACUGCCCCAAAUCUGUGUAGGUGUGUGUCUGGAGGAUUACAAUACCCUGUGAGUCACCCAUGGUCCGAUGACCACUUCAUAUCCCCAUCCUAAUUGCCUCACUCCUGACCCCAGACACACACCUAACUUUGACUUCACACACCCACACAAGACACAACUCACCCCCAACUGUACAUACACACAAACACGCCUCAUUCUUAUCUCCAUACAAACUGGAAUUGAUGUCCAUUGAUAGACCUAUUUAUUACCCUGUUUGUGUUAAUUAUUCUGUAUGACCCUGCCAUGGUUAGGGUUCCUGUCAGUCAGUUGGGGAAAUGCAUUAUUCAUUGGCACUAAGCGGUAGGUAGGCCUGCUAUCGGGUGACGCUUGUCUCCUGCCCAAGUGUCAGCUGUUUUAUGGCAAUGUGUUGACAUGUGGGAUAUAUGACAUAUGCUACCAAGUCUCAUGUCAGAAUUAGAUGUUUAUCAAAUGUCAAAUUUAAAAGUGUUUAAGGCUAAGGUUAGGCAUUAACUCAGAAGGGUUAAAAUAAGGGUUAAGGUUAGGCUUAAAACAAAAAUAUAAAAAACUACUUUCAAUCGUUGGAAUCAGAGGCAGACACUUACGCCCAUCUGCCAUCCCCGUCCACAACCGAAACCUACUUGAAGGUAACAGCGCUCAUUGUUGCCCCAAGUGGCCGGUUUCCACGUCAUCUCCUGACAUCCUCAGACAUGGAUUGACGUCGAAUACUGACUUGUAUCACCGGUGACCUGGAUGGACAAAUGAUGAUGACACUAAUGCUACAUGACAUGCACACUGGUUUCAUUGGGGCCUUGCUAGUGAGAGUAACUUCCCACUCCUCGUCUAGUGCUGACAAACCUACACGUCUAACUCCCCAGUCAUUCUGAGUUGUUUUGUACAUUGAGGCCAGAAUGUGUCCCCGCUGGAUAUUUGCCUCUGUGUGUGUGUGUGCCUAGCCUAAUCUGGGCUGGUCCCUCCCUGUCCCCCCUUCUGCCCUGUAACUGAGAACGUGACACUGUUUACCACCCGACACAGCUUUUCUCAAUGGGAGCCACCCAAACAGGCUUUGUCUGCCUGCCUUUGUCCCUGUAACCCACACAGCCCCGCGCCACCACAGCCCAAUACAGCUGCCCCCCCAGGCAUGGGCACGUGCCAACUCUGAGAGAGAGAGAGAGAGAGAGAGAGAGAGAGAGAGAGAGAGAGAGAGAACAAAUUGAGAGAGAGGGGGAGACUUAUAGAGUGGGAGAGCUGGAGGACAGAUGGAGAAGGAGACGGAUACGGACGGAGACAGAAUGAGUCAGAUACGGAGGGAGAUGGAGCGAGAUAAACUAGUUGGGGGGUUUACUGGAACACAACUGACCUGACUGAGCCACCUGGACAGGAAGGGGCGGGGGGCUUUCUGUUACUGUAAAUAUCUAGUGUCAAGUCCAGUCCCAAACAUCCUGCCCUCUGUCCCUGAAAACACCAGAAGCUGCCAACACACACAGCACAGUCACACCCCAUUCCAAUCCCAUUGUUUGACCUUACAGCUGCUUAUUAUCACACAUUAAUGCCAUGUGGCCUUCUGCCUUGCUCUGAUGUGGGUGUGCAAGAGAUAUUUAGUCACUUUUGCAUGUUUGAUCGUCAAUGGCCUCAUGAAUGGAUAUAAACUUUGUUUCAUUUGACCCAAAGCUUUUAAGCGUAGCCACAAUAAAGUAAUAGCCUACUAAGAUAUGCAGACAUUUUGUUCUCAUUCAAAGAACAUAUCACCUAAAAGCAGAAUGUUCGUUAAUAGUUACCUCAGUUGUGUUGGAGCCUUAUUACCUGUGACACGUGGAGCAACACACACACACACACACACACACAUUGGGGCAGGAUGAUCAAAGGUUUUAGUGGUGCAUUGUGUUCUGGGUAUGUGUAGACGGUCACGGGAUAGAUCAUUCAUUCACAAAAGUAGUGUACAGUACGUGUGUGUGGUCAUAACACGGUGCCAGGCUGCCCAUCUCUCUGGUCAACCAUGCCAGGAAUGCCAGCUAUGUAGGGGUGGGUGGCCAGAGAGAGGGCCAGUGUGUAUAGUCUGUUUAGCUGUCAAAUCACUAGUCCGGAUUGUCCACAUUGCAGUGAGCAUAAAUAUGGUUAGUUAGCCAUCGGGUGCAUCUCAAUGGUCUGAACUGGUUGGAAAGGAAAGAAGGAAAGAAAGCCACACUUGACUAGAGACUACAGAUGCAGACCAUGAGUUCCCGUGUCUUACUUUCUCCCCCAACAGUAGUCACUGAAUGAUGUGGCUAUCACUGAAAAUGCAAACAGCUGGGUCGUUCCAACUCAAAAAGCACCCACCAUCUCAGUGUUUUGUUGUUAGAACCAGAGAAGAUUAGCAUUCAUACAACAUUAUUUUGUUGAAAUAUAAUUAGAUCUCUGAGAAAUUAAGCUAAUUGAUUGCACCCAAAUUGGCCAUUUUAAUUUAUAGGAUUCAUAUAAUAUUCAAUAAUUAUAGUACCUAACAUCCGAUUUGGACCAAACUUUUUUCUAACAAUGAGAAAGACAUGAGGAAUCCAAAGAAGUUGUCAAAAGCCAUCCACGGACCCCCCACACCAAUCCCACCCCAACAACGAGUAUAUAGUAUCAGUUCUCUAUGUUUGACAAGUAGUAUGGAGCUGCGGCUCUCAGUAUUGUUUCAUCCUAUGUAAUGUAUUCUCAGUGAAUUUAAAAAAAGAAUCACCUAAUAGCAGAAUCAGCACAAUCUAGUAGUCAGAACCUGGUAAUAUCAGGAUGUAGGAUGGGAUAUAAACCCAAUAACUUCAAUGACUCAUUUCUCUGAACAGGGGAAAAAAAAACAUCACCAAAUUUACUGAGAAUAAAUUACAUUAAGAAUGAAGAAACAGUACUCCGAGCAGCAGCUCCAUACUACUUGUCAAACAUAGAGAACUAUACUAUAUACUCAUUAUUGGUUUGGGAUUGAUGUGGGGGGUCCGUGGAUGGCUUUUGACCUCUUCUUUGGAUUCCUCAUGUCAUACUCAUUGUUAGAAAAAAAGUUUGAUCCAAAUCGGAUGUUAGGUACUAUAAUUAUUUAAUAUUAUAUGAAUCCUCUAAAUACAAAUGGCCAAUUUGGGUGUACUCAAUUAGCUUAAUCAAAUUAUAUUUCAACAAAAUAAUGUUUCCGGAAUGCUUAUCUUAAGUUUCUAACUACAGAAACAAUUUCAGAACAAUCUGAGAUGGUGGGUGUCAUGGCUUGCUGAAAUGACAUGGAAUGACCCUUCUUCCUUGUCUGGGAAAAGUUCAACAAGUAGCCUACCUGUAAAGCCCUUGCCCUUUGGCCCAGUUGUCAAGCUCCAGUGUAACCCAGAAUACUGUUACUGGGCAAUUCCACGAGAUCAGGUGCACGUGUGGUCUCAAUUAAAUAGAGUAGGCUAUAGCCCAGGGUUUCCCAAACUCUGUGUCUGGACACUACCCUCUGCAACUGGAUCCUGGACUUCCUGAUGGUCAGACCACAGGCUGUGAGGAUUGGCAACAACACCUCCUCCACACUGACUCUAAACACAGGUGCCCCCCACGGGUGUGUCCUCAGUGGUGUUGCACAGUAUACCGAAACUUCUGUACUUUUUUGAUACUAGAAUGAAAAACGGUUCGGGACUAGAUUUAAAAAAAACUUUCGGUACUUCUGUCAAAUGUGUCUCACGUUGUCUACUGAUUAAGGGAGGAUCAAGUAUGUCUAUCAGUGCAGCUGAUGUCCCCUUAUCGCGUGAGUGCACCUUGCCUGCUCCACUUACUCAUUGCUAGCUCUAGCCUGUCCUGAGGAACCACUGCACUCACUGGGAGUCUGGGCUGCGUCACCACUUACACUGCACAGAAGUUAAAACACUUGAAUAAUGCAACACUGCAUGUAGAAAUGUUGAAACUGUUAAUUACUGUUCGCAAAACAAUGUCCAUUACAGGCUAGAACGCUUUACAAUGCAAGAAGAUACAGGUAGCUUCCAGCUUUGUAGGCUCAACUUUCCUUGCUAGCUUACAUCUUAAGCUAUGAUCAAUUCACUACCCUAUUACCUUGUUUGUGAUAAUAUACAAACGAUAAAGCCAAAUAUUUCUAAUAUUUUCAAAGCUGAUUGUCACCAAAAACUUGAUUAAUUCACUUCGUCUCCCCCACCUCAUGUCUCUCCCAGUCAAGAUCAUCUUUGCUUGAGCCUUGGAACUGACUGUGUGUGUGUGUGUGUGAAUGACUACAUGGGUCUUAAAGAGACAGUGCUCACUUUUAUAAAAUAAGAGAUUGCUUCUUCUAUGAAAAUGUUGUUGAUCAGUAUAAUAAAAUAAGUCCUAAAUGUAAGGGAAACAGAUUUUUUAUCUGUAGCCCCAUGAAAUCAGCCAAAACAAGCUCAAUAACUCAAUGCAUGCACACACUUCUAUUUAAUAAAUAUGCUUUCACCUGUAUUGUGAAUAGGCCUAGGCUACAUCUUGAUUUACUCAGUAUAUCAAUAGAGAUUUACCAUUCAAAUAAAUUAUGACCAUUGUUGUUAUGUAGUUAGAUUGGUUAAAAAAAAGUCACAUUGAUUGUAUUAUUAAUUAAUGCAUACAUUCAAAAAUGUGUAAUGUAGCCUAAUGAUAUUGAACACAAAAGAUCUGUCUGAAUCAAGUGCCAUUCUGUGACUAUGGCUAAUAAUAUGCCUUAUUUUUUUGCCGUGGGAUCAUUUUGGGAUUGAGUAUCAUGAUGCUAAACCUGGUAUCAAAGUCAAAAUUCUGGUAUCGUGACAACACUAGUCCUCAGCCCUCUGCUGUACUCCCUGUUCACCCACGACUGCGUGGCUUUGCACAAAAACCAACUCCAAGUUUGCUGACAACACCACGGUUGUAGGCCUGAUAACCAACAACGAUGAGUCAGCCUAUAGGGAGGAGGUAAGUGAACUGGCAUUGCGGUGCCAGGACAGCAACCUCUCCCUCAACUUCAGCAAAACAAAGGAGUUGAUUGUUGGCUUCAGGAAGCAGAGGAGAGAACAUGCCCCAAUCCACAUCAACGGGACUGCAGAGUGUCUGCAGUUUUAAGUUAUUCUGUGUCCACAUCACCGAGGACUUGGCAUGGACCAACAACACCACCACUCUUGUCAAGAGGGCGCAACAGAACUUCUACUUCCUAAGGCGGCUGAAGAAAUUCGGAAUGCCACCCUGGGUCCUCUCCAAGUACUACCGCUGCACCAUCGAGAGCAUCCUGACCGGUUGCAUCACGGCCUGGUACGGGAAUUGCGCCGUCCACAACUGCAAGGCCCUCGCCCUCCAGCGGGUGGUGAAGACGGCCCAGUACAUCACUGUCCAUCCAGGACAUCUGCUUGAAACAGUGCCUGAGGAAGUCCCGCAGCAUCAUGGACCCCACACACCUCAGCUACGAGCUGUUCACUCUCUUACCGUCAGGCAGACUAUAUCGGAGCAUGAGGUCUGAUACCAACAUGCUCAGAGAAAGUUUCUAUCUACAAGACUACAGACUGCUGAACACUUGAACUGGACUGACCACCUGCACUGACUCUCCGCACAUUUACAUUUACAUUUAAGUCAUUUAGCAGACGCUCUUAUCCAGAGCGACUUACAAAUUGGACCUUAGCACACAUGCACUCACUCACGCACAGACAUAUACACACACACCCACACUGACACAGACAUACACACACACAUACUAUAUAUACAUUCAUGCUUCACACCAGAGUAUGUGAGCAGAGUGGAGCUGGAGUGGAACGAGGAGCGGAGUGACCCCAAUUUGACUGGAGCGCGGAACGAGAUUCCCAAAGGCUGGAGCAUCGGCCUUCUCGCCUGCUCCAGUAGCGCUUCACGAGCUCAGGGCCAUGCCCAGCAUGCAUUUGUAGUCUACUUGUGUGCUGCUAUAGCAUAGAGUUCACUAAAUAUUUUCAUAAAGAAACUGAUUAAACACACAGGUGCAAAAUCAAGUUGACUUACAAAGAUGAGGAGCAAGAGAUGGAGUGCGGUGAUGUAGUGUCCACAACUAAAGAAUCAUUGUGGAUUCUGAAAAGACACGUAUCCAAAAAACGUGAAGGUGUACUUACUACAUGCAGAUGCUAAAAGAAAGGAACGAGGUGGGUAGAUAACUAAGUGUGUCAUUGUAGCAAAGUAUUUAUAAACUAAAAAUCAGAUCUCUUAAAUGUUUCGUUCAUUUUUGUUCUAUUAUCUAUACAAUAGGCCAUAAUUGAUUUUGGCCCAAUAGGCCUGGCAUAUUCCCACUUUCAAGAAGCUUUCCAUUUCGAUUGGGUUAUUUCGCCUAGAAACCUUUAGGCCUACCUAUAAGAAAAAUAUGCAUCUCUGCCCAGCCUGGCAACAGUGGCCAAAAGGAUGUUUAGCAUCCCCAGUGGCUCUGAAAGUGUGGAGAGGAUAUUCUCAGCUGCUGGCUGGCUCUCCAGGCACCCUCGCAUGAGCCUGAAGCCACAGACUGGCCAAACUAGUUUUCCUAAAAAUGAAUUCAAAAAAUAAAUUCAAAGUGACUAAGUCAUUUUUUGUUUAAUUUGUAUUUAAUUCGAAUUAAGUCACAGCCUAUAUGUGCUGUUUAUAGACUGUAAUGAUUUAAUACAACAAAAUGUUGUUCAAAUGUUGAGAGCUUUAUGUCCCUACCAGCCUAUUGUGUUGCACUCGCAAAUGCUUCACAAUGCAUUCCUUUGUAGGCGAUAGGCUUGAAAUAAUAUAGCCUAAAUAAUUCAUUUUCGUUCCUUCUUAGGCUCCCUUUCUGGCUCCUGACCUAUUUAGUGUUAAUAUGCUGUUUUAAUAUGACAUGUAGCCUAUUUGAAAUGAUGUGCGCUUCUUACAUUCACCUUUUCAUGUUUAUUCAAAUACUUUUUAUUAAAAUCAUAUGGUUUGGUUUCAAUACUUCAAAACCAAAUGGUAGGUCCAGGUAGUCACAAAAAUAGAUGGGUGUUUGUUAAAUUGUGAUUUUAAUGAAUGGAGCGAAUUUGGAGUGGCAGUUGUUUUCCCUGUGAGUGCUGAGCGGUUUUUAGCAGAGCGGUUGGAAAGGACGUGGAGGGUCAUCACAAUUGCUGCUACAAGACUCUUAUUUACUAUUGCUAAUACUGCACAAUUUAAACACUUGCCCCCCCCAUCCAAUCCCCCUUUUCUCUGAUACAGUGGGGAGAACAAGUAUUUGAUACACUGCCGAUUUUGCAGGUUUUCCUACUUACAAAGCAUGUAGAGGUCUGUAAUUUCCAGAAAAUCACAUUGUAUGAUUUGUAAGUAAUUAAUUUGCAUUUUAUUGCAUGACAUAAGUAUUUGAUCACCUACCAACCAGUAAGAAUUCCGGCUCUCACAGAACCUUUUAGUUUUUCUUUAAGAAGCCCUCCUGUUCUCCACUCAUUACCUGUAUUAACUGCACCUGUUUGAACUCGUUACCUGUAUAAAAGACACCUGUCCACACACUCAAUCAAACAGACUCCAACCUCUCCACAAUGGCCAAGACCAGAGAGCUGUGUAAGGACAUCAGGGAUACAAUUGUAGACCUGCACAAGGCUGGGAUGGGCUACAGGACAAUAGGCAAGCAGCUUGGUGAGAAGGCAACAACUGUUGGCGCAAUUAUUAGAAAAUGGAAGAAGUUCAAGAUGACGGUCAAUCACCCUCGGUCUGGGGCUCCAUGCAAGAUCUCACCUCGUGGGGCAUCAGUGAUCAUGAGGAAGGUGAGGGAUCAGCCCAGAACUACACGGCAGGACCUGGUCAAUGACCUGAAGAGAGCUGGGACCACAGUCUCAAAGAAAACCAUUAGUAACACACUACGCCGUCAUGGAUUAAAAUCCUGCAGCGCACGCAAGGUCCCCCUGCUCAAGCCAGCGCAUGUCCAGGCCCGUCUGAAGUUUGCCAAUGACCAUCUGGAUGAUCCAGAGGAGGAAUGGGAGAAGGUCAUGUGGUCUGAUGAGACAAAAAUGUAGCUUUUUGGUCUAAACUCCACUCGCCGUGUUUGGAGGAAGAAGAAGGAUGAGUACAACCCCAAGAACACCAUCCCAACCAUGAAGCAUGGAGGUGGAAACAUCAUUCUUUGGGGAUGCUUUUCUGCAACGGGAACAGGACGACUGCACCGUAUUGAGGGGAGGAUGGAUGGGGCCAUGUAUCGCGAGAUCUUGGCCAACAACCUCCUUCCCUCAGUAAGAGCAUUGAAGAUGGGUCGUGGCUGGGUCUUCCAGCAUGACAACGACCCCAAACACACAGCCAGGGCAACUAAGGAGUGGCUCCGUAAGAAGCAUCUCAAGGUCCUGGAGUGGCCUAGCCAGUCUCCAGACCUGAACCCAAUAGAAAAUCUUUGGAGGGAGCUGAAAGUCCGUAUUGCCCAGCGACAGCCCCGAAACCUGAAGGAUCUAGAGAAGGUCUGUAUGGAGGAGUGGGCCAAAAUCCCUGCUGCAGUGUGUGCAAACCUGGUCAAGACCUACAGGAAAUGUAUGAUCUCUGUAAUUGCAAACAAAGGUUUCUGUACCAAAUAUUAAGUUCUGCUUUUCUGAUGUAUCAAAUACUUAUGUCAUGCAAUAAAAUGCAAAUUAAUUACUUAAAAAUCAUACAAUGUGAAUUUCUGGAUUUUUGUUUUAGAUUCCGUCUCUCACAGUUGAAGUGUACCUAUGAUAAAAAUUACAGACCUCUACAUGCUUUGUAAGUAGGAAAACCUGCAAAAUCGGCAGUGUAUCAAAUACUUGUUCUCCCCACUGUACAUGUGUAAAUAUUGUACUAUAAAUUGUCCCUUCCUGUAUUAUACUUAUGCUAAAAAAAUAUAUUCUACUGAGCCAUUUACUUUAUGUUUGUAUUAUCUUUUAUGAUUUCUUAUUGUUGCAUUGUCGAGAAGGAACCUACAAGUAAGCAUUUCAUUGGACGUUGUAUACCAUGUGUAUCCUGUACAUACUGUAUGACUAAUAAAACGUGAAACUUGUGACUACAAUGAUUUCCCAUUGUGGCCAAUAGAAUUGCAAAUCAAAUCAAAUCAAAUUUUAUUGGUCACACACACAUAUUUAGCAGAUGUAAUUGCUACACCCGCAAUUCUGUCAUUCUAUUACAGAUUUUUCGGUCACUAACCAGGUUUCUAUCCUCAGUUUUUAUGCGAGUAAAGUCGUACCGUAUCAAAAAACAAAACACGACAGCUGUGAUGGAAACAGGAAGUUUCGGUACAAUUUUAUAAAUGCUGACAGAUAAUUUGUUCGUUUGACAGUGGGAUCUUUUUGUGUCGGUAAAAGGAAUUAUGCGAGAAAUGUCGGUGGAAAUGCCUUUAUGCGCAAUUAUUGAUAUAAUAGCUAUCAUAUCGAAGUAAACUUGGAGUCACGCGAUGAUAUGGUGUGUGGUCCUCCCACUACGAUUCGGUAAACCAUGCAGUUUAUUAGGCUACAGAUUAAAUAAAUUACAUUGAACUUCACAGGAUGGUGAAAUUGCACGGUGAUCUUGAUGCUCCUUUCCAAUAAUUAUCGAGGGUCUUAUUCUGGUGACAUGAUGAUCGAUGCUUGACUGCCGUUUGACAAAUAAAAAAUUUCUCGCUCUUCUCCAUAAUAAUCUCACCAUGUAGACUAUACCCACACAGCCUACUGCACUGUAUCUGCUAGCUGUUGGCUAGAGCGCACGUGCCAAGACCAGAGUAGGCACUUUUGCUAUUUAAUGCAGUAGAGUUGAAAAUGCGAUGGAAACGUAUUGUACUUUAGAUUUUUAUUCGUUACAUGAAAACUUAAGCGAAAAAGUACAUUUUGUGAGGACUACGUUAUCACACAAUGAUUAUUUUUAUCUGCAAAAAGUAUAUUUGGUGGCAACACACCAUUGGUGGGAAAAUGCGUACAGUGAGGGGAAAAAGUAUUUGAUCCCCUGCUGAUUUUGUACGUUUGCCCACUGACAAAGAAAUGAUCAGUCUAUAAUUUGAAUGGUAGGUUUAUUUGAAUAGUGAGAGACAGAAUAACAACAAAAAAAUCCAGAAAAACACAUGUCAAAAAUGUUAUAAAUUGAUUUGCAUUUUAAUGAGGGAAAUAAGUGUUUGACCCCCUCUCAAUCAGAAAGAUUUCUGGCUCCCAGGUGUCUUUUAUACAGGUAACGAGCUGAGAUUAGGAGCACACUCUUAAAGGGAGUGCUCCUAAUCUCAGUUUGUUACCUGUAUAAAAGACACCUGUCCACAGAAGCAAUCAAUCAAUCAGAUUCCAAACUCUCCACCAUGGCCAAGACCAAAGAGCUCUCCAAGGAUGUCAGGGACAAGAUUGUAGACCUACACAAGGCUGGAAUGGGCUACAAGACCAUCGCCAAGCAGCUUGGUGAGAAGGUGACAACAGUUGGUGUGAUUAUUCGCAAAUGGAAGAAACACAAAAGAACUGUCAAUCUCCCUCGGCCUGGGGCUCCAUGCAAGAUCUCACCUCGUGGAGUUGCAAUGAUCAUGAGAACGGUGAGGAAUCAGCCCAGAACUUCACGGGAGGAUCUUGUCAAUGAUCUCAAGGCAGCUGGGACCAUAGUCGCAAAGAAAACAAUUGGUAACACACUACGCCGUGAAGGAUUGAAAUCCUGCAGUGCCCGCAAGGUCCCCCUGCUCAAGAAAGCACAUAUACAGGACCGUCUGAAAUUUGCCAAUGAACAUCUGAAUGAUUCAGAGGAGAACUGGGUGAAAGUGUUGUGGUCAGUUGAGACCAAAGUGCUGUGUUUGGAGGAGGAGGAAUGCUGCCUAUGACCUCAAGAACACCAUCCCCACCGUCAAACAUGGAGGUGGAAACAUUAUGCUCUGGGUGUUUUUCUGCUAAGGGGACAGGACAACUUCACCGCAUCAGGGGGACGAUGGACGGGGCCAUGUACCGUCAAAUCUUGGGUGAGAACCUCCUUCCCUCAGCCAGGGCAUUGAAAAUGGGUCGUGGAUGGGUAUUCCAGCAUGACAAUGACCCAAAACACACGGCCAAGGCAACAAAGGAGUGGCUCAAGAAGAAGCACAUUAAGGUCCUGGAGUGGCCUAGCCAGUCUCCAGACCUUAAUCCCAUAGAAAAUCUGUGGAGGGAGCUGAAGGUUCGAGUUGCCGAACGUCAGGCUCGAAACCUUAAUGACUUGGAGAAGAUCUGCAAAGAGGAGUGGGACAAAAUCCCUCCUGAGAUGUGUGCAAACCUGGUGGCCAACUACAAGAAACGUCUGACAUCUGUAAUUGCCAACAAGGGUUUUGCCACCAAGUACUAAGUCAUGUUUUGCAGAGGGGUCAAAUACUUAUUUCCCUCAUUAAAAUGCAAAUCAAUGUAUAAAAUUUUUGACAUGUGUUUUUCUGGAUGUUUUUGUUGUUAUUCUGUCUCUCACUGUUCAAAUAAACCUACCAUUAAAAUGAAAGACUGAUCAUUUCUUUGUCAGUGGGCAAACGUACAAAAUCAGCAGGGAUCAAAUACUUUUUUCCCUCACUGUAUCUUCUUUAUGCGAAUUCUUAAAUUCCCUUAAAUCUGUCGCCAAUUGGAUGGAAACCUAGUUUCUGUUACCGAUUUUGGUAAGUAUGACGCGUUUUUAAUCACUUAUUACUUUUGUGUAUGAAUUGUUAUCAGUAAAAACACUAACUAAUUGGUAGGUCAACCUUAACUUGUUACAUUUACAUCAUUUAGCAGACGCUCUUAUCCAGAGCGACUUACAAAUUGGAGAGCGACUUACAAAUUGUUACUUCUGUGAACUUUCAUAAUCCUCCCUCCUCAUGAGUGAGAGAAAUUAGAAAAUAUCUGAAAGAUGUGUGGGUUUUUGGUAACAGAAUGACAAAACAAUAUUUUUUAAACUUACAGAAGGCAAAUCAUUUCUGCACAACUAAAUAUAAAUGUUGAUAUUAGUUGGCAGAGGCCUUUACUUCAACAUUGUGUUUUUAUGUAUUUCUAAUACUUUUAAUACUUUUUCUAGUAGAUGUUUUUAAGACUCCUUUGCAAUCUGUGUGACCAGAAAUCAAAGCCUUUGCUUUUUCCUUAUUAUUGUUAUUAUUAUUAUUAUUAUUAUUAUUAGAAUGGAAAAUGGUUGAAAAACAUCUAUACCUUAAUUUCCCCAAAAUAUAGACUUUUAGCUCAUUUGAUACCAAAUAUGAUAUGCUCCUAUAAACGUCACAUGUUGGUGCUCAUGGGUCCUUUUACAUGGAAAUGACCUGUUUCUGCUGUCUCAGCUCAGGAGAUAGUCAGACCUAGGAAAUCACUGUUGUGACUCACUCAACCUUCUCAUGGUCAUCUAGGCCUAUGCAUUCUGAUAUGAUUCCUGACAAGGACAGGCUUGUGCCUCAAAUUACCUAGUGACAGUAAACUAGAGUAAACCCAACUAAACAAUGGGAGAAUCUCAAUUGCAAACCAAUUGGUUUUGUGGACGCGAGGAGUAUGCAAUUGAAAUUCUCCCAGAAUCUCUCCCUCCCAGUCCGUCUUUCCAGACCUUCACUGGUGAUGGCGCUACUGAUUUUCUGCUGUAUUAAUCUCUCUCUCUCUCUCUCCCGUUCUCCCUCUCUCAGCUCUUCACUGAUGGGACCACUAAUAAGCUGGUUGGUUGUUAUGUGGAGGCGAGUCCAGAAGAUGUGGUUCUGGUGCGCGUGUACGGGAACAAGACGGAGCUGAUUGUCGACCGAGACAAUGAGCUCAAGAGCUUCCAGGUGCACGUACACAUGUUCUCAAACACACACACACACACACCCUUCACAGUUCACACACUUGACACUUCAGAGCUUUCAGUUGCUUCACUAGAAGACAUCUACAGUGGGGGAAAAAAGUAUUUAGUCAGCCACCAAUUGUGCAAGUUCUCCCACUUAAAAAGAUGAGAGGCCUGUAAUUUUCAUCAUAGGUACAUGUCAACUAUGACCGACAAAAUGAGGAAAAAAAAUCCAGAAAAUCACAUUGUAGGAUUUUUAAUGAAUUUAUUUGCAAAUUAUGGUGGAAAAUAAGUAUUUGGUCAAUAACAAAAGUUUCUCAAUACUUUGUUAUAUACCCUUUGUUGGCAAUGACACAGGUCAAACGUUUUCUGUAAGUCUUCAAAAGGUUUUCACACACUGUUGCUGGUAUUUUGGCCCAUUCCUCCAUGCAGAUCUCCUCUAGAGCAGUGAUGUUUUGGGGCUGUCGCUGGGCAACACGGACUUUCAACUCCCUCCAAAGAUUUUCUAUGGGGUUGAGAUCUGGAGACUGGCUAGGCCACUCCAGGACCUUGAAAUGCUUCCUACGAAGCCACUCCUUCAUUGCCCGGGCGGUGUGUUUGGGAUCAUUGUCAUGCUGAAAGACCCAGCCACGUUUCAUCUUCAAUGCCCUUGCUGAUGGAAGGAGGUUUUCACUCAAAAUCUCACGAUACAUGGCCCCAUUCAUUCUUUCCUUUACACGGAUCAGUCGUCCUGGUCCCUUUGCAGAAAAACAGCCCCAAAGCAUGAUGUUUCCACCCCCAUGCUUCACAGUAGGUAUGGUGUUCUUUGGAUGCAACUCAGCAUUAUUUGUCCUCCAAACACGACGAGUUGAGUUUUUACCAAAAAGUUCUAUUUUGGUUUCAUCUGACCAUAUGACAUUCUCCCAAUCCUCUUCUGGAUCAUCCAAAUGCACUCUAGCAAACUUCAGACGGGCCUGGACAUGUACUGGCUUAAGCAGGGGGACACGUCUGGCACUGCAGGAUUUGAGUCCCUGGCGGCGUAGUGUGUUACUGAUGGUAGGCUUUGUUACUUUGGUCCCAGCUCUCUGCAGGUCAUUCACUAGGUCCCCCCGUGUGGUUCUGGGAUUUUUGCUCACCGUUCUUGUGAUCAUUUUGACCCCACGGGGUGAGAUCUUGCGUGGAGCCCCAGAUCGAGGGAGAUUAUCAGUGGUCUUGUAUGUCUUCCAUUUCCUAAUAAUUGCUCCCACAGUUGAUUUCUUCAAACCAAGCUGCUUACCUAUUGCAGAUUCAAUCUUCCCAUCCUGGUGCAGGUCUACAAUUUUGUUUCUGGUGUCCUUUGACAGCUCUUUGGUCUUGGCCAUAGUGGAGUUUGGAGUGUGACUGUUUGAGGUUGUGGACAGGUGUCUUUUAUACUGAUAACAAGUUCAAACAGGUGCCAUUAAUACAGGUAACGAGUGGAGGACAGAGGAGCCUCUUAAAGAAGAGGUUACAGGUCUGUGAGAGCCAGAAAUCUUGCUUGUUUGUAGGUGACCAAAUACUUAUUUUCCACCAUAAUUUGCAAAUCAAUUCAUUAAAAAUCCUACAAUGUGAUUUUCUGGAUUUUCUUUCCUCAAUUUGUCUGUCAUAGUUGACGUGUACCUAUGUUGAAAAUUACAGGCCUCUCAUCUUUUUAAGUGGGAGAACUUGCACAAUUGGUGGCUGACUAAAUACUUUUUCUCCCCACUGUAUGUAAAUCAAACAGCAGAUUCUUCAGGAAGUGCAUCUACACUGGUAGCCAAGUUCAACUCCCUGUGCAUGGACCCAUAUGGAGGCUAUUUCCUGGUCUGUCUUAGGUCACCUGUGUCUAAUAAUUUGUGUGUGUUCCCAGGUGCUGCAUGCUAACGGCUGCGCACCGCGGCUCUACUGCACCUUCCAGAAUGGCCUUUGCUACGAGUUCAUGCAGGGGGACGCCCUCGGAACACAGGACGUCAGGGAUCCUACCAUACUCAGGUGAGGACAUGGUGCAGUCCAACAGGGAUCCCUCCCUACUCAGGUGAGGACAUGGUGCAGUCCAACAGGGACCCCUCCCUACGAAGGUGUGAUGGUAUAGGUGAGGUGUAGAGGUACCUGUUAAACGGAUCGGGACAAUGCUACCCAAAACAGCAGUUUACUAGAAAACCCUCUUCAAGCUGAUCCUGUUAUCUGUCUAGCCCGCAGGGAAGGCGGGCUUUGAUUUGUAAAUAUACACACCCUCAAUACAAACUCCCUGAGGAGUUGAUAGGAGUUUAUGGUACACACCACUGCACUCUGUGCUCAUUCAGGUCCUUUCUCCCUCCUGCUCUUUCUAGGAAACCAGUAUAGGAGAGCAUCUUCACUGCUCUAACCUUGAGUUAUGGUGAUACAUGUUUUCCAUCCACAUGGUCACACUGUCUGUUCUGCUGGGUUUAUGGGUAGUUGUAGUCCCGAGUGGCGCAGUGGUCUAAGGCGCUGCAUCGCAGUGCUAGCUGUGCCACUAGAGAUCCUGGUUCGAAUCCAGGCUCUGUCGUAGCCGGCCGUGACCGGGAGUCCCAUGGGUCGGCGCACAAUUGGCCCGGCGUCGUCCAGGGUAGGGGAGGGAAUGGCCGGCAGGGAUGUAGCUCAGUUGGUAGAGCAUGGUGUUUGCAACGCCAGGGUUGUGGGUUCGAUUCCCAGUAUGAAAAAUUAAAAAAUAAUGUAUGCACUCACUAACUGUAAGUCGCUCUGGAUAAGAGCGUCUGCUAAAUGACUAAAAUGUAAAUGUAAUGUAAAUGUAGUGAGAUGUUACGGUCAGGACUUUGUUUACAGCAGACUGAACACGGCAGCACAUGGUACGGUGCUCAGACAGUAUAGUAUAGUAUAGUAUAGUAUAGUAUAGUAUAGUAUAGUAUAGUAUAGUAUAUAGUAUAGUAGACUUCUGAUGAAUCCAGAGGGACUGAAAAGUAUCAAGACAGUCCUAAACCCAUGGAACUAGAAUUAGAGGUCAAGCGGUCAAGUUAAUACAUUAUCAGAGAAGGAUCCAGGACCCAACCUUUUUCGUGGAUAUGAGUAAUUUUAGAUGAGCACAUUGUAUUUUAUUUAAUUCAUCAGAACAAACAUGUUUGCAUAAAGGGUGAGUACUGGUAUACUGUAUUGAGUAGUGUGUAAUAUAGUAUCUUAUCGUGUGUGUCUUCCUCCUUAGACUGAUAUCCAGGGAGAUGGCUCGUAUCCAUGCGAUCCACGCACACAACGGCUGCAUCCCCAAACCCAACCUGUGGAUCAAGAUGAGGAAAUAUUUCUCUCUGGUCGCUACAGAGUUCACCGACCAAGCCUCCAACACCAGGUAAGAGGAACCUGAAAAGACACAAACACACUCCACACCAGGUAACCUGAAAACACACAGAGACUGUAAAGAAACUAGACCGAAGUUACACACACGCACACACACUGGCUCAGACACACUUUGGCCCAUCUUACUCAGAAGGGUCUUUUCAUAACCUGGUUUAUUGUUCAUACAUACGCUGGCCAGUUACCUUACAGUCCUGUUCUCAGUCGUCUGUGUCUGGGUGGAUUACACUUUAUUCCCAUGGUUAUUAAGUCCUCUAUACAGGCUCUUAUGUAAGUGUGAUCAUAACUACAGUGUAGGGUAGAUGUGGAUUAGGGAGCCAGAGGUAUGCAUCGGGAUAUCAGAUGUUUACAUAACGCUUACAAUUUAUCAGCCUGCCUAGAACACCUUGGUAACGUAGCACACUGUGUCAUUCAACUAUCCUGCCUGCACCGUACACACUACUAGUCACACUCACUACUAGUCACACUCACACACACGUAGACUCAACAACUGUGCCCAGAGAAGAGGAGGCUUCUGCCUUCUUGAGGGUAGGUGCUGGUUGCUCAACUUGCUCCUAUACCCAGCCAACAGCAGAGAUCCUGGGCAGGCAGGGAGGAGAGCUGGGUGAAGCUCUUGGAGACAGGGAGCUCAGUAAGAGAGCGGUGGCCUGGGUACAGAUGGUCCUCAGUGGGGAUAGGCUAUAGGGAGAAGCAGCAGUAGUAGCAGUUGGUGGUUGGUUACUGGUACUAGGGAGUAUUCCCUAUAGUAGUAACUGUUGCUGUACUACUAAUGGAUGAAGGUUAGAGGUGGGAAUCCCUGGAUAGAGAGUUAACACAGUGGGAGUCGGUCAAUCCUCUCCUCCCCCUCUCCUUUCUUCUCUUCCUCUCCCCAUCUCUUCCUCUUCAGGCUAACUCUGGAUUAGCCCUUUAAGCCCAUUACCACAGGAGAGUGGUCGCUCAAUUGGCCGAGACAGUUACCCAUGGAAUGAACCCUUUCCUCUCAGCACUGCUCCACUGGGCACUCUCAGGGUGUAUACAGUACACACACAUUACCUCACUCUCUCUUACUCUCACACAAACACACAUACAGUACACACAUACACACCAGGGUUUCCGAUAGGAAACUUUGGCGCCGUACAAGUGACCGGGAAGAUUUUAAUUUAUCGGACAUUUGAGAAAUUGAAUGGUCAUCCAUAUGCAUUGGCUGCGUUACCCAUUAGGGUGUCCACCCACACAGCCAGCGCCAUCAAUAAACAAGGGAUAUUGACCAAAUGAGCCACAUUUACCUGUCCUUAAAAACAGCCUAUAACAAAUUACAAAAACACUAUUCUUGUGUUUGGAUGUGUAGCAUAUGCAGAACUUUAUAGCAUUUAGUUUUUACUUUCCUAAAACAAUAAUGGUCCACCUCACGGUUCAGAUGUCGGAGAUUUGAGCACUAAAUGCAUCAGGGCAUUGCAUUCAUAGGCCUAUAGGCUUAGGCGUCCACUGUAUGAUAUUGAUAUAAAAAAUAUAUAUACUGUAUACAGUGCCUUCGGAAAGUAUUCAGGCCCCUUGACUUUUUCCACAUUUUGUGACGUUACAGCCUUAUUCUAAAAUGGAUUCAAUUGUUUCUUUCCCCUCAUCAAUCUACACACAAUACCCCAUAAUGACAAAGCAAAAACAGGUUUUUAGACAUUUUUGCAAAUGUAUUAAAAAAAUAAAAAACUGAAAUAUUACAUUUACAUAAGUAUUCAGACCCUUUACUAGGAACUUUGUUGAAGCACCUUUGGCAGCGAUUACAGCCUCGAGUCUUCUUGGGUAUGACGCUACAAGCUUGGCACACCUGUAUUUGGGGAGUUUCUCCCAUUCUUCACUGCAGAUCUUGGCUGUGUGCUUAGGGUCGAUCACCUGUUCACCCCAGUCUGAGGUCCUGAGCGCUCUGGAGCACGUUUUCAUCAAGGAUCUCUAUGUAUUUUGCUCCGUUCAUCUUUUCCCUCGAUCCUGACUAGUCUCCCAGUCCCUGCCGCUGAAAAACAUCCCCACAGCAUGAUGCUGCCACCACCAUGCUUCACCAUAGGGAUGGUGCCAGGUUUCCUCCAGAUGUGACGCUUGGCAUUCAGGCCAAAGAGUUCAAUCUUGGUUUCAUCAGACCAGAGAAUCUUGUUUCUCAUGGUCUGCGAGUCUUUAGUUGCCUUUUGGCAAACUCCAAGCGGGCUGUCAUGUACCUUUUACUGAGGAGUGGCUUCCGUCUGGCCACUCUACCAUAAAGCCUGAUUGGUGGAGUGAUGCAGAGAUGGUUGUCCUUCUGGAAGGUUCUCCAAUCUCCACAGAGGAACUCUGGAGCUCUAUCAGAGUGACCAUCGGGUUCUUGGUCACCUCCCUGACCAAAGCCCUUUUCCCCCGAUUACUCAGUUUGGCCAGGCGGCCAGCUCUAGGAAGUGUCUUGGUGGUUCCAAACAUCUUCCAUUUAAAAAUAAUGGAGGCCACUGUGUUCUUGGGAACCUUCAAUGCUGCAGAUAUUUUUUGAUACCCUUCCCCAGAUCUGUGCCUCAACACAAUCCUGUCUCAGAGCUCUACGGACAAUUCCUUCGACCUCAUGGCUUGGUUUUUGCUCUGACCUGCACUGUCGACUGUGGGACCUUAUAUAGACAGGUGUGUGGUUUUCCAAAUCAUGUCCAAUCAAUUGAAUUCCCCACAGGUGGACUACAAUCAAGUUGUAGAAACAUCUCAAGGAUGAUCAAUGGAAACAGCAUGCACCUGAGCUAAAUUUUGAGUCUCAUGGCAAAGGGUCUGAAUACUGAUGUAAAUAAAGUAUUUAUGUUGUUAUUUUGAAUACAUUUGCAAAAAUGUCUAAAAACCUGUUUUCGCUUUGUCAUUAUGGGGUAUUGUGUGUAGAUCUUUGGGGGGAACUUUUUAUUUUUUUAAUACAUUUUUGAAUGAGGCUUUAACAUAACAAAAUGUGGAAAAAGUCAAGGGGUCUGAAUACUUUCUGAAUGGACUGUAAACUUAGCCCCAGAGAGAGAGAGAGAUCGAGAUAUGCCGGCGGCAUACUAUGACACCAACGUGUAUUUCUUUAUCCUUGUCAGAUAGGCUACUGCAUCUGCUAUACAGAUAAAGGCGUACUGAAGGAGGCUAAUAUGUUAGUUUUCUAUCAAAAUAUUUGUUUAUAAUGUUAGAUUAUAGGAGUAACUCUUGUAUGCCAAGAACAUUUGUACCUCACCUCAAGUUCAACUGUCGGAGUCAACUGCUCACUGCCUGCAUAUCAUAGGUCUGCAGUAUAAUAGGCUAAUAGCCACACCACAGCAAACCUUCACAAAAGUUUAUAAACUUUAUUAGGGUAAUAUCAAAAGUCAAGCCAUUGUUUAUACGGAAAAUACGUGCAGAAUAGUAUAUUGCGGCAAACACAACAUUACAGUUGGAACUUAAUUUGGCCAAAGAAAAUGGCUCAACAGAAGAAAAUAAAACACUUGCGAACUGGUUUAAACCUUCACAAAAUGUUGAACAGGCUAUAUUGCAGCAAUUACCAAGAAAGGCUAGUGCUUACUGUACCCAACAAAUGACAGCAAUAGGCUAAUGAUAUUUAUUUUACAACAGGCCUACUUAUAACCUAUCUUAAACUAAAUACGGAGGACACAAUUAAAAAGACAGAUCAAACUUAAUUUAGCCAAUGAAAAUGUUUAAACAGAAUUAAACAAAACACAUUUUGCAUAUUUAAAGAAUUGGUUUAGAUUAAUCAAUAGGCCUACAAUGAUAACAAUGAUAUAGAGUAAAAAUGAUAAAACAAAUUAUAAAUAUGAAAAAAGUUCAAAAGUUCAAAAAUUGCAUCCUACCUGAAUAGCGAGUUGCACAGUAGCCUGCAUUUUGCUGCGCCAACGUUCUUCUUAUCUUAGUCCUCUACAAUAUUAAAACUUGUCCAUACGGAGGACAUUCCCCUUGUAAUAAUAUAAAUAAUAAUAAUAUGCCAUUUAGCAGACGCUUUUAUCCAAAGCGACUUACAGUCAUGUGUGCAUACAUUUUUAUGUAUGGGUGGUCCCGGGGAUCGAACCCACUACCCUGGCGUUACAAGCGCCAUGCUCUACCAAUUGAGCUACAGAGGACCACAAUAGGCAUACUCGCUAACUUUCGUUUUACGUCAAUGAAAAAUACCUAAUCUUCGCAAUCAACAGUAGCCCAAAGCUCCUGCAUGUAAGGCAGCGUGCAAGGAGUGAGAAUCUCUACCCUUUUGAGAUACAGACUAGUGUGUGCAUGUCUUUUUUUGUUAAUUCUACAAAGUCCCAUGCACUGUUGUCCAUACACUUUGGUGAAAACCUGUCAAAGCUAUUUCAUUCACUCUAAAUAGAGGCAACUUACUGUUGUUUUUAUUUAACGAUGAACAUGGUGUCCUCGACAACAGUCACAGGGAGGAAACGGAGACAUGGAUGUUUAUCUGAAAUUGUGGACUCCCCCCCCCCAUCACCACCACCCCUUUCUCUCCAGGAUCCAGCAGGAGGUGCCCAGCCAGGCAGUGUUGGAGCAGGAGAUGGUGUGGAUGAAGGAGCACUUGUCUCAGCUCGGCUCUCCUGUGGUGCUCUGCCACAAUGACCUGCUCUGCAAGAACAUCAUCCACAACAGCAAAGAGAGUGAGUUGGUUACAGCAAUGUUAGAACAUCUUCCACACGGUUAGAACUUUGUCCACAACAGCAAAGAGGCCAAGGACAUCUAUAGGUAGAACUAGGGCUGGGGGUGAAAUUGGCCAAAUAUCAUAUCACGGUAUUUUUAUAAUUUUGACGGUAUUUUAUGUUUUUGAAUAAUACAAAUUCUAAAUGUGCAUUAUGAGUAGUGCGUGACCCUAGGGUGGCAACACAUACAUUCUAAGUGAUUUCAAUGGGUCUUUCUCCAUUCUGAUUGUUUUAUACUGUUCAAUUAAACAAAAUACUUUCUGCAUUUUCAUCAAUUUCUGCUUUUCCUGCACUCAUUUCAGAUCAUUUCCACACUAUGACGAAGGGCUGCACGAUAUUGGCAAAAAAUCGAGGCAUUAUUUUUAACCAAAUGUUGCAGUUGCGUUUUGACUUGCAAUAUAGAUCAAAACACUUGGGUGAACGGUUGGGAUCAUAGAAAUAGAAUGAUUAUUAUAAUUUUAUAGUUAGAUUAUAAUAGUGGGCACUUUGAAUACAGUGUUUGACAGGGAGGAGUUAUUGUGACAGGGUAGGAACCAAAAUGCUGGUCAGUGUUUCCUAGCGGACCCUAUAAUAUUUGGCUACAUUAAAUGUUUUCUGUUAGCUAGCUAACAUAUUCAUACUUCGCCUAAUCCUCUUUGGUUGAGAAGAUACUGUUGCACAAACAACAUGCUGAUUUAGGCCUUCACCAUCACUGGUAUCAGGCUGUAUAGCUAGCUACGUUUGCUCUGACUAGCAAUUAGUAUUAGCGGCUAACACGAUUUAGCCACAAAUUGCUAUGAAAAUACAAACUAGCUGUUUGCAGAUGUUAAAACAAACUAAUAGUGUAAUUAUAGAACGCUUGUGGAUUUAUAUUAACUCUUUAGAACCCAUAGUGGCUGUCAACGGCUUCUCUUUAAAUUACUAUAGCGGCCGCGAACUGCCUUGUUUUUCUAACAAUAAUAUCUGUGUCAAUAUCGCAAAAUUAACUUUCUAACAACCUGUUGUCGUAUUCGCGUGGCUGUUGUCAUCAACCAGAAACCGCAAACAGGGUAUGCUGUCGUUUGACAUUUUAAAGUUUUUUUUAACUUCAUUGCUCAAAAUGAUGGCGCCGAAGUAGACACAACUUUUCACUGUGAAAGAGGCUGCAUCUAUGUUGGUUGGUGAUACUGAUUCGGACACGUCCUUGCACUUUGAAAAGCGUCACUUUAUUUUACUUCUGCUCUUUUUUUUCUCAACACUUUUUUUUUGUUUUAUUUUUACUUUUUUGUUUAAAAUAAAUGCACUGUUGGUUAAGGGCUGUAAGUAAGCGUUUCACUGUAAUGUCUGCACCUGUUGUAUUCGGCGCAUGUGACCAAUAAAAUUUGAUUUGAUUUGAUUUGAAAUAGCUCUCAGAUUAGCAAGUCAUGAUAACUUGGUUGGUACAGGCGAGCUCGAAUGAUUGCUCUCUGUCUCAUGGAAAUAGUUGCAGUGUUUAGCUGCAUAUAGUCAGCUAACUUGUUGGUUGUUUUGUCUUGUUUCUACCAAUGUAAUUCAUAAGGAAACGGCCCAAGCUGCUAGCUAAUUAGUUAGUCUUUCAGGCAAGAACUUGUGUGUAGCGGUAAAUUUGGACUGCGCUCACGAAGCGUCAACCUCAGCUGUCACUUUCACUAGCUAGCCAAACAGAUAACCAGCUAACUAGCCACCGAAAUGAAGGCUAGAGUAAUUAGUGUUUUAUCUGUUGGGUUUAGAUUAUGGUUUGCUAGGUGCAGAUACACUACAUGACCAAAAGUAUGUGGACACCUGCUUGUCGAACAUUUUAUUCCAAAAUCAUGGGCAUUAAUAUGGAGUUGGUCCCCCCUUUGCUGCUAUAACAGCAUCCACUCCACUCAUCCACGGCUUUCCACUAGAUGUUGGAACAUUGCUGCGGGGACUUGCUUCCAUUCAGCCACGAGCAUUAGUGAGGUCGGACAGUGAUGUUGGGUAAUUAGGCCUGGCUCACAGUCGGCGUUCCAAUUCAUCCCAAAUGUGUUCAAUGGGGUUGAGGUCAGGGCUCUGUGCAGGCCAGUCAAGUUCUUCCACACCGAUCUCGACAAACCAUUUCUGUAUAGACCUCGCUUUGUGCAUGGGGGCAUUGUCAUGCUGAAACUGUUGCCACAAAGUUUGAAGAACAGAAUCGUCUAGAAUGUCAUUGUAUGCUGUAGCAUUAAGAUUUCCCUUCACUGGAACUAAGGGGACUAGCCCAAACCAUUAUUCCUCCUUCACCAAACUUUAUUUUUGGCACUAUGUGUUGGGGCAGGUAGCGUUCUCCUGGCAUCCGCCAAACCCAGAUUUGUCCGUCGGACUGCUAAAUGGUGAAGCGUGAUUCAUCACUCCAGAGAACGCAUUUCGACUGCUACAGAGUCCAAUGGCGGCGAGCUUUACACCACUCCAGCCGUCGCUUGGCAUUGCGCAUGGUGAUCUUAGGCUUGUGUGCGGCUGCUCUGCCAUGGGAACCCAUUUCAUGAAGCUCCCGACAAACAGUUAUUGUGCUGACGUUGCUUCCAGAGGCAGUUUGGAACUCGGUAGUGAGUGUUGCAACCGAGGACAGACGAUUUUUACGCACUUCAGCACUCAGCGGUCCCGUUCUGUGAGCGUGUGUGGUCACUGAGUAAGGCCAUUCUACUGCCAAUGUUUGUCUAUGGAGAUUGCAUGGCUGUGUGCUCGAUUUUAUACACCUGUCAGCAAUGGGUGUGGCUGAAAUAGCCGAAUCCACUAAUUUGGAGGGGUGUCCACAUACAGUGCAUUCAGAAAUUAUUCAGACCCGUUUACUUUUUCCACAUUUUGCUACGUUAAAGCCUUAGUCUAAAAUUGAUUAAAUUGUUUUUCCCCUCAUCAAUCUACACACAAUACCCCAUAAUGACAAAGCAAAAAACUGUUUUUUUGAAAUUUUUGCAAAUGUAUAAAAAUGAAAAUACGGAAAUAUGACAUUUACUUAAGUAUUCAGACCGUUUAGUACUUUGUUGAAGCACCUUUGGCAGCGAUUACAGCCUUGAGUCUUCUUGGGUAUGACGCUACAAGCUUGCCACACCUAUAUUUGGGGAGCUUCUCCCAUUCUUCUCUGCAGAUCCUCUCAAGUUCUGUCAGGUUGGAUGGGGAGCAUCGCUGCACAGCUAUUUUACGGUCUCUCCAGAGAUGUUCGAUCGGGUUCAAGUCAGGGCUCUGGCUGGGCCACUCAAGGACAUUCAGAGACUUGCCCGAAGCCACUCCUGUGUUGUAUUGGCUGUGUGCUUAGGGUCAUUGUCCUGUUGAAAGGUGAACCUUAGCCCCAAUCUGAGGUCCUGAGAACUCUGGAGCAGGUUUUUAUUAAGGAUAUUUUGCUCCGUUCAUCACAGAUGGUUGUCCUUCUGGAAGGUUCUCCCAUCUCCACAGAGGAACUCUGGAGCUCUGUCAGAGUGAUCAUUAGGUUCUUGGUCACCUCCCUGACCAAGGCCCUUCUCCCCUGAUUGCUCAGUUUGGCCGGGUGGCCAGCUCUAGGAAGAGUCUUGGUGGUUCCAAACUUCUUCCAUUUAAGAAUGAUGGAGGCCACUGUGUUCUUGGGGACCUUCAAUGCUGCAGAAAUGUUUUAGUACCCUUCCCUAGAUCUGUGCCUCGACACAAUCCUGUCUCGGAGCUCUAUAGACAAUUCCUUCGAUCUCAUGGCUUGGUUUUUGCUCUGACAUGCACUGUCAACUGUGGGACCUUAUAUAUACAGGUGUGUGCUUUUCCAAAUCAUGUCCAAUCAAUUGAAUUUACCACAGGUGGACACCAAUCAAGUUGUAGAAACAUCUCAAGGAUGAUCAAUGGAAACAGGAUGCACCUGAGCUCAAUUUCAAGUCUCAUAGCAAAGGGUCUGAAUACUUAUAUAAGUAGGGUAAAUGUCUAAAAAUCUAUUUUCGCUUUGUCAUGGGUUAUUGUGUGUAGAUUGAAUAAGGCUGUAACGUAACAAAAUGUGGAGAAAGGGAAGGGGUCUGAAUACUUUCCAAAUGCACUGUAUGUUAAUAUGGGCUAUUUUUAGUUCUUUUCUGGGUUGCUUGUUUGUUUUUAGUGCUAUUCUGAAAGGUUGAUCCGAGAUAGACAUGUCAGUGACAUUUACAUUUGAGUCAAUGGUACUGGGUGGGCUGCCCACAGUGGGCUUCUUCCUAUGGCAGACAGUUUCAGUGCAAACAGUGGAAUUAAAUUCUAUGUGCAUAUGAUUAUUGCAGAUAAUAUCCUCGGAGCUAACAGUUAAAGGAACAUAGAUUAGAGUACUUACAUUCACUGCACUUCUAUAGCAUGGCAAGGGGCCAGAGAUGAUUGUUCUCUUCCCUGUGCAAACAAGGGUGUUCAAGAGAAUGUUGUAGUCCUUCAGUUCCUCAGAUUGCCAAAAGCGAAUGUUGUUAAAGCUAACUUGAGUGACAAUGGUGCCAAUAUUAGAGUAGUAGUCGAAGCGGGAGUGUCGUUGGCUAGAACUGUGGGCAGGAGCGAGUUGACGUCUUGGAAACGGGCGCCUGGGUGACAAUGGACCUCGGUCGGCCCACAGGCCGUAGGCAGGCCAAAAUCUCUCACCAUCGAGCUGCCCAAGACAAUGUUGGUCGUGAUGGAAUACGAUGCGGAAGGAAGAUGGGGAACCGAACGGGCCUGCCUCUGGCAGGGUGGAGGAGGUAUGCUUCGACUCAUACCAACCUGACUCACUGCACAUGUAGCAGCGCAUGGCAUCGGGAUCCUCAGAGAGGUGGAGGAGGGCCCAAGACCUUGCUUCCUUUGGUCAGCGACCGGCUGAGCUGUGGAGGAGGGUGCCCCUGGACGGCUGCUGGCUGUUGGUGUACUCCAUCAAUACCAGUAUAUAGUAAAAUACGGUAUACCGCCCAGCUCUAGAUAGAACAAAGGGAUGUAACAAUUCACCGAUAGGCAUUGGUUCCUGGUUCAAAUGUUUAAGAAAUGAGUGCAUCUGUCGCGAGGGACCCCAAAACGAUGCAAAUGUAGCAUGCAUCUGUCAAAAUCGAUUCAAACAUUAUGAAUCGCCGGUUCACAGAUGUUUUUUGCUCAAAUUACUUUCUUUCUACCUUCCGAAAAUACCUCUCAUCAUUUUGACAACUGCAUCCUCUCCUUCAGUGUCAAACUAAGCAUGUAAUUAUGUUGACAGUAAUUUUGCAUGCCGAACAAACCCAGGAAAUAUCAGUAGCCUAGUCAAACUGCGUGCGGUGCGAAUCUUCGUGCGCUGAGCAACGAGAGGUAGGCCUAUUCCUGAUCUGGCACAUCUCAAAGUCAUCUUCAGCAUUCAAAUGUUUGUAAAAUGGCUUGCGCAAGAUUAGGCUUUAUUAAUUGAGUGACAACUAAUGUAAUUUGCAAGGACAUUUUUUAUCAAAUGCGCUGUUGAAAAUUGUUUUACCAGAAUAAAAGUAGCAUACUACUGGAGACACAACUCUCAUCUGGCUAUAGGUAGGCUACAUGCUGAUCGGGGCUUAGGCGACAUUAUAUUUUAUUUUGAUCAGGUUCACCAUCUGCAAUAGUUUUGGUAGUUUUGCUUGAAACAAUUGGUAUAUAUGGAAAUGUUUGGAUAUACAGGGUGAAUCACUUUUGCUACCCGCAAUGCAGGGAGAAGAAACGGUCUAAACCAUUCGAUUAUGGGUGAAAUCCAAAUUGUUGCUAUAGAUUCAUUGGCUAUGUCAUAAGUUAUUUUUUUACAUGAAUAUUGAUACAUUACCAUCUCUAACAUUUUUUAUCUGCAAAAAUGACAAAUAAUACUGAACAAAAAUAUAAACGCAACAAUUUCAAAGAUUUUACUGAGUUACAGUUCAUGUAAGGAAAUCAGUCAAUUAAAAUAAAUAAAUUAGGCCCUAAUCUAUGGAUUUCGCAUGACUGUUGGUCACAGAUACCUUCUUUUUUUUUUUUUAAGGAGGGGCGUGGAUCAGAAAAACAGUCAGCGUGACCACCAUUUUGCCUCAAGCAGCACGACAUCUCCUUCGCAUAGAGUUGAUCAGGCUGUUGAUUGUGGCCUGUGGAAUGUUGUCCCACUCUUCAAUGGCUGUGCGAAGUUGCUGGAUAUUGUGCGUGAACUGGAACGCGCUGUCAUACACGUCGAUCUAGAGCAUCCCAAACAUGCUCAAUGGGUGACAUGUCUGGUGAGUGUGCAGGCCAUUGAAGAACUGGGACGUUUUCAGCUUCCAGGAAUUUUGUACAGAGCCUUGCGACAUUGGGGCCGUGCAUUAUCAUGCUGAAACACGAGGUGAUGGCGGCGGAUGAAUGGCACGACAAUGGGCCUCAGGAUCUCAUCACAGGAUCUCUGUGCAUUCAAAUUGCCAUCAAUAAAAUGCAAUUGUGUUCAUUUUUCAUGGCUUUAUGCCUGCCCAUACCAUAACCCCACCGCCACCAUGGGGCACUCUAUUCACAACGUUGACAUCAGUAAACCACUUGCCCACACGACGCCAUACACGUGGUCUUUGGUUGUGAGGCCGGUUGGACGUGUUGUGGAAAUACUACACAGGGACACUAAGUCAAUAUUAAAUUAAUCAUUGUUUAUUAUCAGCGCACUCGAGAGGUUCCAACAAACUUGAUGCACCAUAGUGAACGUCUGUCAGGAGCUCUAACAGGGCAGUCCCAUUAGUUCCCUUAUAUACUGACAAGUUAUAUUUGCAUGAUUUAGCUUAUUCCUCAUUCAUAAUUAAUGUUUGCUUCAUUCAUGUGACAGACCAAUACCUCACGAGGCUUCUUCUCUCUAAGCUGAGACCUUGAAACUGAGAUAUCCCUUUCUCUAAACAAGGUUCUGGGCAUACUGCCAAAUUGCAGAUACUGAUAGUGAGGAUUUGUUCAAUCAGUCACUUGCAUGAACACAGAAAUUGGUUUAUAGAAAAGCACAAACAGAACACAGAAAUUGGUUAAUAGAAAAGCACAAACAAAAAAAUGACAUUGUGUACUUUGAAGAAUCUCAAAUAUAUUUUGAUUUGUUUAACACUUUUUUGGUUACUACAUGAUUCCAUAUGUGUUAUUUCAUAUUUUUGAUGUCUUCACUAUUGUUCUACAAUGUAGAAAAUAGUAAAAAUAAAGAAAAGCCCUUGAAUGAGUAGGUGUGUCUAAACUUUUGACUGGUACUGUACAUACACACACACAAACAGGCACACACACUAUCCAGCGUAGAGAGGCUCAUGAGCUUCAUUAGCAGCAGAUUUUAAUUUCUAAUGGAAAAUCUGUGUUUAUGUAAUAACUGCAUCGAAUCGUAUUGCAUCAAUCUGAAUCACAUCAAUUCGUUUCAAACUAAAACGUAUCGUUCCUGUAUGGUAUCAGAGCCCAUGUAACUAGAUGCGUAUCGAAUCGUCUUGAAAAGGGAAGAUGCAGAUCUCUAGUAGAACAUUGUCAUCCCAUAACCGCAAAGAGUCACAACUUGAAAAAAAAAAAGCCAGUAACUCUCCAGUGCCAAUGUUGGACAACAUAUUAGUCACAUUAUUACUCAUAUUUUUCUUCCAUCCUCUCUUUUUUUUCCUCCAGGCCAUGUCCGGUUCAUAGACUAUGAAUACUCUAGUUACAACUAUCAGGCAUUUGACAUCGGGAACCACUUCAACGAGUUUGCAGGUAAGAGGAGAUACAUGGGCUGUAUCUUAGUCAUGACGUACUGUACACCAUAUAUAAUAUGUGUCUGUAUGUUUUCAGGUAUGAGUGAGCUGGACUAUGGGCUGUAUCCUAGCCGUGAGAUGCAGCUGGAGUGGUUGCGUGUGUAUUUGCAGGCAUACAAGGCGUCCACUAAGAAAGGAGAGGAGGUCAGCGACCGAGAGCUGGAGACUCUCUACGUACAGGUCAACAAGUUUGCCCUGGUGAGGAACACACUGUCGCUCACACCACUGUGGUCACUGCUCGCUCACACACACACACACGUGUUAGUACUGGGCUGAUCAGUUUGGCCCUGUCUAACCGCUGACCUCUCUCUGUAGGCGUCACACUUCUUCUGGGGCUUCUGGGCUCUCAUCCAGGCCAAGUACUCCUCCAUCAAUUUCGACUUCUUGGGGUAAGUACCUCUGUGCAUGUGUGUGUGUGUGUGUGUGUGUGUGUAAUGGUCCCUUGUGGAGUGAUGUUAAAAGCUGUUGGUUGGCCUGUCUGCCUGUGGUGCAUGUGAGUGAAAGGGAUCUCUUAGUGUGAAAGACAUACCAAAACUCACAGUCAAACUCUGUCGUAGAGCACAAUUUCCACUACACACAGUUUCCACACAGUGAGAGAUAGAAAGGGGAGCGAGAGCCUGAGAAAAUUGUGAGAAAGGAGAGAUGGAUUAGAGAGAGAGAGCUGUCUUGUCCCUGCCUCCCCCAGGAACCUGCAGAGGUGAAACUGACCCACGGACUGGUGGUUUGAGUGUCUGCAACCCAAUCAGUCCUGCAGUGACGACAGAACUGUCCCCCCGGUCACUCAGUGCCCCUGCCUGUAUAGGUGGCAUAUUGCUCUGACAGUUUAGCAGCCAGUCAAUGGGAUCUGUCUGGGCUAUUGUUAGGGCUGCUAUUGGAUAGUUGGUGCACUCAUUUAGUCAGAAUGGGUGUUUAACUCUCUCUUCUGCUCUCUUUCAACACUUCCUCCCUUCCUUCCCUCUCUCUCCCUCACACUCUUUCUCCCUCCACCUUCCAUAUUUUCACACUCUCUCCUUCAGCUAUGCUGUGCUGCGUUUCAACCAAUACUUCAAGACCAAGCCUGCAGCGAUGGCCCUACAGAUCCCAGAAUGA